AUGAGGUCCCUCUCUGAGGUGAUUUUGACUCGGGUUCUCCUUCGCUCCUGCUCCACCGCCGCCGCCGCCAUCACGGCCAGCCCCGACCAAGCCUCCCCUUCCACCCGGGCCACUCCUGCCCCGCUGCCCCCGCAGCUCCCUUGGCUGCUCCUCCGGCUCCUCCUCCGCUCCGGAGCCAUGAAGCGGGACCAGCAGCAGCAGCAGCAGCAGCAGCAGCAGCAAGCGACGGAGGUCCUGGCCGACGAAGAGGGGUCCCCUCCGUCCUCCCCGCUCUGGGUCUUCGGCUACGGCUCUCUGGUCUGGCGCCCCGGGUUCGAAUUCACCUCCCGCAAAGUGGGCUGCAUCCGAGGCUACAGCCGACGCUUCUGGCAAGGAGACACCUUCCACCGAGGCAGCGAGAAGAUGCCUGGACGAGUGGUCACCCUCCAAGAAGAUUACAAUGGGUCCACAUGGGGUGUUGCCUAUGAGCUCCAUGGAGAUCAAGUUGCUGCUUCUCUCAAGUAUCUGAACGUGCGAGAAGCGGUUCUUGGAGGAUAUGUCACCAAGCUGGUGAAGUUCUACCCCCAGGAGAAAGAGCUCAAGGAGCCAAUCCUAGCCCUGGUUUACAUUGCUACACCCCAGAAUCCUUCCUACUUGGGGCCAGCCUCUGAAGAGGACAUUGCUGCUCAGAUCAUUGUCUCCAGUGGCCGUGCCGGCCAUAAUAUUGAGUACCUGCUGCGGUUGGCAGAUUUCAUGCGCUACUGCUGCCCUCAGGUGGAGGAUGAACAUUUGUUUUCAAUUGAGGAGGCUCUGAUUUCUAUCCUGCCCUGUCUAUACCAUGCUGAAGAGUCUGUAGUAGAAGAAUGAAUGUGGUUUAUGCCAUUCCAGAGAGACUGAUAAAUGACUUUUUAACCAAGGACACUGAUUACAGUACACACAUCAAGUGCAACGCCAGUCAGAUUAAUAAAGCCAGUGGGUAAGAUAGGUGGGGUGGAUGAAGAUGGAGACACUGUUACAUAUUUGCUGCUUUAAUGAUCUCUGACUGGCAGUAGGUUUGUUGUCUUGAGUGGAGAAUGAAGAGAGCUACUGCCACUCUACCAGCCACAUUUGGGUUUCAAAACUAGCGAAAAGACACUUUUAACCCUAUACCUAUCCACCCAAAUGGAUGUCUCACUGAAGACACUGGAGCUUACUUCUGAGGAGUUAUCCCAGAGUUAGGUGAAGUUAUUAUUGUAUGAACUGUAAGUCUCAGAAUCCCCUAAUCAGUGUGGGCAGUGACCAUGCUGGCUGGUGAGGUUCUAGGAAUGGUACACCAAAAGCAGUAACUGUCUAGCUCUGCCUUAUGCAUAGGGAUGUGCUGCUAAUUGUGGUUUUAAAAUGUGCAGCCUAAGCAGUUUUCUUUAAAUUUGCUGAAGCUACAAUAUACUUUUAGUAUUUUUAACAUACCCCACCUGAAGCAGAGCAGUGGCUGUAAUAGCCUCACAAUACCUCACAAGCUGCAAGUGUGGGGUUGAGUGUUUGCAGGUCAAAAGAGUCAGCCUCUUUCUCCAGCCUCCAUUGCAGUGACUCAACCUUCAUGUGUAUGCCGGGGUUCCCAGUGCAAUAUAAAUUUGCCUUGCCUUCUGUAGGCUCUCUGAUGGGGCCAAAUUCUUAGAUUUGUCUUAAGCAAACAUUUAAUGCACUACCUUUUAUAAAUAUACAUAAAACUUGAUAAUGUAUUUAUUGUACUGAACAUAAUAUUUCAUGAAGAGAAAAGUGUUCAAGUUGUUAGUGUGCUAGUAACUUCCCUGCAGAGCAGGGGGUGUUACGAGACUGAUGUGAUUGUGCCUUCUGGUUUUAGAAUGGCUUCUCUGCCUUAAAGAAAAGAGCAUCCACUGAUAAAAGCUGUGGUCUCUUGAGGCAGCUUUCUUGUGAAUAGUGUCACUCGGUUCUGUGUUAUGUAAUACAGUUAUUUCCAUA